GUCGUACAAGACCACACCCGCCAACACCAUGGUAUGGUACUGUGCGGACAAGAGAUGCCCACCAAAAACAAGAGCAUGCUAUGGCCACAGAGAUACCACUGGGAAGCCACGUGGGGACAAGAUGUGUUUCGCACACAAGACACCCACUAUGAUCAGCCUGAAUGCGACGCACUGUAAGUACGCCGGUUGUAGAAGAUCUCCUUCGUACGGCUGUGUCUCCGAAUCAACGAAAGGCCUGAGAAUAUUUUGUUCAGAACACGGCAAAGGCAAGAAAGGGAUGAGCAACGUAAAGGACAAGAGGUGUGCCGAACCAGAGUGUAGAACCCUAGCCAACUAUGGUUUCGGCAAGAGCACGUACUGUGGCCUUCACAAAAAAAAUGGGAUGAGUAAACGCGCGGCGUCGGCAGCUGCUUCGGUGAUGCGGGGGCCGGUAGUAUCAUCGCCAGAAUCAGCAGCAACGGUAGUGGACACAUCGCCAGCAUCAGUAACGGUACGAGAGGAGGAUGGCGUGGGAGAGUUAGGGCAGAGACCAGCAUCAGCGGCAACUGGGUCCGUACAAGAUUCAGUGGUAAACACAACAGCGACAACAGCAGCGGGAGGGGAGUGUGAGAGAGAAGGAGGAAGGAAGCCACCAGAGCCGUGCAACAAGUCGGUUGCGGUAGCGGUAAUAGCAUUUGCGGCCGUGGCACACACAUCGGAUAGAGAGUCGUUGGUGAACACAGCAGCGAGAGAUAGCGGGGAGGGGGAAGGAGGAGGGCAGCCAUCAGAGUCGGUGGUCAACACAGCAGCGGCUACGGCGGGCGUGCAGGGCGAGGGGGAAGGGGCAGCAGCGGCAGCAGCGGGUGAGGUGGGGCGAGGGGAACGCGAGGACACAUCUCCGGCGCCGGCAGCAUCAACAGCUGUGGGCGAAGGCGAGGGGGACGAGAGAGAAGAAUUGAGGAAGACGGUGGCGCCUUGGGUAGAACAAGAAUUAGCAGCAGCGCGCGUAGAGGGGGAGGGGCAAGGAGAACCAACAGAGUCGGCGGUCAGUACAGCAGCGGCAGCAGGGAGCGUGCAGGGUGAGGGGGACGGGGCAGCAGCGGAAGCAGGGGAUGCAGCGGGUGAGGUGAAAGACACAUUUGCGGCUCCGGCAACAGCUGCACCAACAUCGCCAGCACCAGCACCAGCGCCAGCACGAGCGGCACCACAAGGCGUUGAAGGCAGUUCGGGCACCGGAGCGGCGGCAAGCGGGUGUGGGAGUGGUCGUGGAAGCGGGAGCGGAGGUGUUCAUGAACACGAGGAGUACGCCGUUCCCGCGGCUGAAGCGGACUCAGAUGACGAUGGUGCCGCCGUGGUUACGCCUGGACAAGGGACGGAUCCGGAGCAGCCUGUUCCGGCGAGCGGUGAACGAGGAACAGUCGUUGGAGCGAGAGCAGAGGAAUGCACGGCGCCAGCAACGGGUGGUGGGUGCAUUUCGAGCGGCGGCGGUGGCGGUGGUUGUGGAGGCGGCGAGAGUGGAACGGCAAUAGACGCCGCGACAUCGGUGUCGGCAGCAGGAACAGCAGGUGCCGGAGGCGUAGAGAUGGCGUCAUCCAGUAACCUAAAUCUCCUCGCCACCGUCUGUCUGCUCGAGGAAAACGGGAGUUGUGGAGGGAUCGAGAGCGGCGGUGGCGGCGAUGGAGCCAAUCACGAUGAAACGGUUCCGAUCGGAGACUGUGCACCGGACCUUUCGCAAGAGCUCGCGGUCACACAAGUGACUGGCACUCAGCCAGACGAGGCACUGGCGGCGCCUGCAUCUGCGCAGGUCGUGGUCGAGACGGUGACCCCUGGACAAGACACGGAGCGCCAGCAGCCUCUUCCGGCGAGCGAGGCCUUGGUGGCAGGUGGUGUGGAGGUGCAGGCAGCGGGAGAGGCUGGUGCCGGCGACGUGAUGCCGACAUUAAGCGGGUCAGUGGGUUUAGCACAACAGACGGGUGAAGCUCCGCGAGUGCAGAAGAGCCGGGGCUCGCACGACGUGCUCGACCGAAUUCGGGUGGACGGUGGCGAAGUGGAGCAGGGGGAAGCUAUAAGCGAUGCGCUAGCAGUGGCGCCAGGCAGUAGCAGCGGCGGGAGCGAGAAUGGGGGUGGCGCUCAACACGAGGAGGACGCCAUCCCCGUGCCCAGGCGGUCGAGCAGGGUGGUGGGAUCUUCUGCGCUGGAAUCGCCCAGCGUGGUUCGCCUGCUCGCGCAAAUUCGGACGGACGACCCGAGGGUAGAGGUGCUGAAGCUUCAUAACUACAUCCCAGCGGAUGUAUGCACGCCUGUCAUAGAUGCCGUGCUGGAGGCGUUGAUGCUCAACAACAACUGUCAAGCUCUCUACAUUCAGAACGUAAGCAAUGGUUUGCGAGACGAACAGCUUAUGAUGCUCGCCAGGGUGCUGCGCAAGGGCAACAUCUGGUGCCUGAAUGCGGGGGAGAACUCCAAGAUCAAGCCGUCCACUUGGUGCGACUUUGUCAAGGAGAUAGAGAAAACAGGCGUCACGCACGCUUAUCUCAGCGAGGAAUGCAUCCCUGUCGGCCUCAAGAAGGCCAUGCGGACGGCCAUCCGUGCCAACAGGGUCAAGCACACCCGCCACAAGUCGGCUUCAAAUGUCAAAGUAAUACGGCAAUGUACCAACAUGUGGUGGAAUCCCGUACUCUGCAAGGAAUCGCAGGCGGAGCUGAAGGCGGCCGCAGCAGCAGCGAAGGAGAGAAGCGACAGCGGCGGCGGCAGCAGCAGCAGCGGUAGCGGCGGCAGCAGCAGCAGCGGUAGCGGCGGCAGCAGCAGCGGCGGCGGUGGGAGAAGCAGCGGCGGUGGGAGCGAAGGCGAUGAGAGCGCAAGGGGAUCGGGGUCGGAAACAGGAGAAGCAGCACGAGAAGCAACCGCCGAGAAGCCGAGCGGGGGUGGGUGCGCGGGCAAGUCUUCCACCACUGCGAGGGGGAAGGGGAAGAUAAAAGCGGGGCAGCAGGAGCAGACAGAUGGCCGAGGUGGCCGAAAAAAACGGCGCCGCAGCGGAGGAGCUGGGGGAAACGCGACAAAAUAUUCUGCCACGGAGCGCGACUCGAAGAAAUCUUGUGGGACAGGGCGGGCAGAGACGGUGUCUGACGAGCCAAAGAGCCGGCAGGAGGUGUGGGAUGCUGGAUUCGAUGACGAUGAGGCGGCUAUGGACUUCGAAGAUGCAUGUUACGAGAGCGACGUGGAAGCCAGGGAAGAAUUGACACAAGAGGAGAAGAAGGAGAGGGAAGCCUGGGAAAGAGAGAGGGGAGCCGAGCGAGAAAAGGAGAAGCAAAAACAGAUGAGCAAGACGUUUCAUCGAAUAAAGGUGCUAUAA